AUGAGAGUAUUACUCUUUACCAUCGCAGCAGUGCUCACCACUGCCACGUCUGCCACUGUUUUGCUCCAAGAGCUUGAUCUCAGGCACAACCAGCAGAGUCUCAGGGCCUACAAUAAUUCGCAAUGCAAAAUUUUGGGGCGGCCCGCGGUAUCCCAUCUUCAUGGUGAACAUCGUCUCGCGUACUUGUACGCUGAAAAGUUCCAAGGAGCGAUCGUCCUUUUUGAACAUUGGUAUUAUGGAAAGUCCCAGCCCUUCAAGACGAUGACUGCAGAGACCCUGCAGUGCCACACCGUUCCUCAAUCGCUUCAAGACAACAAGCGCUUUGCUCAGACGGUGAAGUUCGGUUUCGACAACUGCGGGGGUGCCAACGCUGACAAGUCUCCCUGGGUGUUGAUCGGCGGGAGCUACGCAGGCGCUCUCGCGGCAUGGCAAUCUGUGAUCACGCCGGGUGUGUUUGCUGCCCAACGUGCUUCUUCUGCCGUCGUCCACGUUAUCGAAGACUUUUGGCAGUUUUGGACUCCCAUCGAGCAGGCCAUGCCACGGAACUGCCUGAGGGGUGACAGGGAGGAGAUCGCUGCGAUGAAGAAGGAGUUUGGCGUGGCAUUGCUCAACGAUGUCGAUUUCACAAGCACGCUGACAAAGAUACCGCCAGACAGCUUCUCUUACGUCUCGGAAUUCUGCAAUCAUAUGGAGAAGAGGGUCAAUAACGGGACGCUCAACAAGGGUCUAAAUGAGACUGAUGUUGUCCUAGAUGUUGCGUGGAAUAUGUUCGCGAAUCUGACACAGCACUACUGGAAAGAUUUCUGCACCGAUACCCCAUGCAACUGGGAGCACGAGAAGGAAAUUGAAUUUCCGUCGAGCCCAACAAAUCUCGGGACCGCUCGUAGUUGGGCAUGGCAGCUAUGCAACGAGUUUGGUUGGUGGCACAUCGGCCCGCCUCAGUCUGACGGCAACAACAUCGUCUCUUCGCAUCUUACGUCGGAGCGUUAUAAGCGCCAUUGCGACGACUGCUUCCCGGAGGUCAACGGCUUCGGACCAGCCAUGUACCGAGGCGCCACUGCAGACGAUUUCAACAAAUGGACAAAGGGAGGUUGGGAUGCGCCGUUCGAGAAGGUCAUGUUCGUCGAUGGUGAAUUCGAUAUGUGGAACUCGGCCACGAUGAGCUCAGCGUACCGGCCCGGCGGCCCUUGGAACAGUACGGAGGAGGUGCCUCGAAUGGUGGUUGCACGCGGAGGCCACACUCCGGACCUAGACCUUAUCCAUGUGAAUGAGGGCGUGGUCGAGGCAUUGGCGGUUGUAACGAAGAAGCAGUUGAAGAUUAUGGAGAAAUGGCUCAGUGAGUGGAAGCCCAAGCAUUCAUAG